AUGCAGAGACUCGGCCGGUCAGAUUUGUCUAAACAUCACGAACUUGAUGACCUAUGGAUAUCAAUCCGGGGCAGAGUGUACGACGUCACCAAAUAUGCCGAUGAUCAUCCUGGGGGCAUCGAAGUCUUGAAGGAUGUUGCGGGAUCCGACGGCACUGAAAGUUUCGAAUAUGUAGGCCAUUCAGAGGAUGCAUACAAGACGCUGAAAGAGUUCCAAAUUGGGGUGCUUGUCGAAUAUGUGAGUCCACAAAAGCGGAAUGGGAAGGCGUUUAUCAUUGCUAACAAGUUUGCCUUGCAGGAAGAUGGUAAUGACCUAGGCGCAGUCUGGGAUGCCCAACGGGUUAAGGUUGAGAAGCCUCCAAACUCGAAGCCUAUUUUGGUCUUCACAAUGACGGCAGCGACUGCUGCGUUGUUUGUGGUCGGAAAGUCAGGUUGCUGGCUACUCGGAAACAAGGACGCCUCGUAUAGAAAAAUUGGAAUCUUGCAUGGAGUACCUGAACUUUCAGCGUGGUUCUGGUUAUAUUUGGGGAUGACACUUUCGACAGUGAUAGGGAUGCACACUUAUUUUCUUGGAUUGAGCUUGGUGGGCUAUGAUUCUUUGUGGGGGCGAAUGAUUCGCUGUGGUGCAGCGAGAGAGGUCGGGAUGGUGAAGCAGACGGGAAUAUUCCCCAAUGGCGACAUGCUCCGAACCAAUUUCACCGGCCUCCAGACAUUCGACAAGCUGCUUGUUCCAGCAGUCAUCUUUUACAACAACAUUCUCAGCAAUGGAUUGCGUUCAGACCUCUUUAACCAGGCGUGGGGUGCCGCGGCUGUUUAUCCUCUUUACUGCUUCGCCCACGUCCAAAGGUUCUUGGAGGAGGAGAAGGACCAACCGAAAAACCACGAGAUUGGUCCUUCAAACCCAGAAGAAGCCCUUGCUCUAGUCCCAGCCGCGAUUUUGGGAGCAAUUACACCCGCGAUGCUUCUGUUUCCGGCAUUUACUACAACCUUUUCAACGAACCAAAGGCAAGGACUGAUAGCUUUGUAUCGCUUCACUCCACUCGCACUCGCAUUUGCCCAUCCUUUAUUCAUCUGGCUUCAAGGCAAAAUUCCAGGAUCUUCCAACUUUAAGUAUAACCAACACGCAUCGGAAAACUUUAUCGCAGCAUCUUUGCUCAUUUCGGGGGCUACCGCCGCGACUGGGCACGUGUGGGCGUUGGCAUGUUUAGAACAUGGGGAAUUACGUCGGACAUUCGUACCCGCUACCUCUAUCAACACAGCAUCUCCUACAGUCAUUGCUGAUGGUGCUAGAGACUUUCUACAAUGGGACAUCUUCAUUAUCACGGCGACUUUGGUUCCGAUGACUGAUCUUAUCUUUAGAUCAUCUCGCUCAUUCCGAAGAUUUCGAAAGCAGUAUAAUUGGUUCCGAAUUCUAGAACACUCUUUCUUCGUAAGAGUGGCCGGCCUUACUCUUGCAAGCGGCUUGUUGUCACCAGGCGCAGUUUUAGCUAUGGCCUUGGCGAUGAGGGCUUCCGAGAAAUAA